CCAAUCAUAUGUCAGCUUGUAUUCACUCCGAUACACAACAUUUUGGCUUCCUAAAAUAUGCUAAAAUAUUACCUUCUUUUGCAUAGAAAUGUAGUAUAAUCAGGGAUAGUUCGGCAAAUAUUGGUGAUAAAGAUGGACACCAAUGUUGACUCUGCGGUUCCAGCAGUAGCGGAUCUAGGAUCAAAACCACAUGAGACCAGCAACACUCCUGCAUUGUCAAACACACAACAUUCAACAGAAAAAGUUGUAACUAAUAAGAUGCAUUGUUCCAUAGUGAAGUCUGUGGAUGAUAUUGUGUAUGAUAAAUGCAAGAAGUCUGGAUGUUUGGCUAGCAAGGAAUCUCAUAUCCAUUGUCCACUCUGCCCAGCAAAGGAGGACACCUAUCAUACAGACAUUGACAGUGUAAAACAACAUGUCCUCGAUGUACAUUGGCCACAAGUUAUAGAAUACGAAGGACUGUGCUAUAUGUUGUGUAUGAAGUACUGCUAUAGCAAAAAGAGGUCAGAACUUGGUUUAGGUCAUUAUCACUGCCCUCACUGUAAUAAGAUGUUCAUCAAAGGACUGGAGGUGAAACACCUUGAUGAGCAUAAGCUUGAAGCUCUGGCUCAAGGUAGACCUGAAAAGAUCUUCCAAACUGUGACCACAGUUUUAUCUCCAGAGUUGCUAUCAUAUAUACCCCAGGACAACCAUAUUAUAUGUGAUAUUCUCCAACGCAAGUUCAAGGUCACUUGCUCUCUAGCUAAAGACCAGUGGUGUGUUGUAAAGGCCUCAUGGGAAGAUAUGACAGCAUUAAAUAGAUAUUUACUGCCAUUGACACAGUCUACAAGAGAUAUUAAAAAGGUAGAGAGAAUCAUCCAUGAACUUUCUGGCAAAGAUGUUCCUUCCGAUUAUCCUGCUAACCGACCGAGCAUUAUUUAUCCUGCAUCAGCCAAUAAGGAAGUAGCUCCAUCGCCAAAUCAGGUUACAGCUCCAGCCAAUAGUAAUAAUUUACUUGAUAAUGUUAAAGAUACACAUGAUAAUGUUAGUGACUCACAUGAUGAUCUUAAUCCUGAUGAAAAUUCGGAACAUUAUAUCAAGACUAUGGUCCCUUGCGUAAAAUUUGAGGAAGAUGGUACUAAUUCUACCACAAAGAGUUCUGAUGUCUCAGAUUCAAGGUAUAGUUUUAGGAGAAAACCAAAAGUAGUUUGGACGAUGCAAGAGGAGAAGAAAAUAAAUGAUCCUGGUUAUGCAAAGUCAAAAAAGGAUGAUGACUAUGUAUACUCAUUUGAUACACUCAAUGCAGCUGAAGAGGAUGAGGAAGUUAUGGAUGCUGAUGCACAAGUUGAAUCGGUAUGCCAUAUUGAAAAUGAAAAUCGUACAACAGUGGAAAAUAAUGAGGAAAAUAACGGAGUUGAAAUAAUAAGUUCUGAGGCCAAAGACGGCCAACUGAGAUUCAUAGUUCGAGUAGAACCACCAGAGAAACCAAAUAAAGUAUCAAAUACAACAAAGGUUAAAACCAAAACGAGAACCAAGGUUAAACCAGGCAAAACUAAAACAACUCGAUUUCAAUGUGAACAUUGUGGUCGUAAUUUUUGUAACAAUUUUAAAAAGAAUGUGCAUUUGAAGAAUGAAGUAUGCACUCGUAAAUUUGGUAAUAAGGACCGAAUGUGCCCACUUUGUAAAAAAGUAUUCGAUAGACCAUGUCGAAUGAAAGCCCAUUUUGAAGCCAAAGCCUGUGAAAAGAAGACAGAAUUGAGUUUGUUUUCAUGUAGUGCCUGCCCAUUUAUAUCUCAGAAAAAGUUUGCUAUGGACAAUCACAUGGAAUCUAUACAUAAUAUAAUCACCCGUGAAAAGGAACAUGAAUUCUCAUGUAAGAUUUGCGAUAAGCGAUUCGCAACUCUAUACAAUCUAGCGCGUCACGAGAGGGAAAUUCACGGUACGAAACCUCCAACACAAAAAAUGGUAGAAUGCCAAGAAUGUGGAAAAUGUAUGUAUAAGAAAAACAUGAAGGAACAUAUGCGAACAAAACAUAACCUCGAUGCUGAAACCGUAGCCCCAUUUGAAUGCUCACAGUGCGGUAAAUGCUUCACACGAAAAAGUUCACUGACAACGCAUGCUCUAAUGCACAUUCCUAACUAUAAAGCUACCCGCAGGUAUCAAUGUAAAGACUGUGGAAAGUCAUUCCAGAAGUAUACAGUUCUGAUGGAGCAUAUGAAUAAGCACAUUGAUGUGAGGCCAUUCAAGUGUGAGCUGUGUGACAAAUGCUUUUAUAGCAGGGGUGCUCUCAAAGUGCAUACUCUGAUUCACUCAGGAUUGGACUACAAUUGUAACAUCUGUGAAAAGAAGUUUAAAGUGAAACGUUAUCUUGAGAGACAUCUAGAAUAUCAUCACCAAAUGAAUCCACCGGAGGUUCCCCUUUUUCAGUGUAAUAACUGCGGCGAAUUAUUUUACAACAGGGAGUUGCUUUCAAAGCACCAAUCUCUGGGAUGUGGGAACACUGACAUUGACGCUGUAGCUUGUGAGACUGAGACACUAUUAGCGCUUGCUCAGAUGAGCUCAUCUUCUGUAGUUGUUGCAUCUGGUGACGAAAACCAGAACUCAUACCCUAAUGUGACCAACUCUGUCGGAGAGACUGUGGCUGAAAAUGUUGUUGUAACAAUCACAGAUGGUGAUAUCAUAACUGCGGAAGUUGGUGAUAAAAGGAGAGAUGCUCUUGAUCAAGAGGAAGUAAUACUUAAUAAUCAGAUUGAGGAUAAUAAUGGUGAUACUGUGACUGAACAAUUCAUGUGUGGUGUUUGCUCUGUUGUGUUUGAGACAAUUGAAGAAGCAAAUGUUCACAUGGAAACGCAUACUAAUGACACUUCGAAUGAAGAAAAUACUGAUCAGAAUGAACUUGCAAUUGAAUCAUCUGAGAACAAUAUUGAAAAUACCAACGUGAGUUCCCACUAUCUGACCAAUCACCAUUUGGGAGCUAAUGGUACUAUGCACAUUGAAAUCAAAGAUGGGAAUGUUACCACCAAUUAUAAUGUAUUAGAUCUAGAAUCUUCCACUUAAUGAAUUGUAUUGUUGAAAUAUAUAUUUCAUUGAAUUUUUUUGUAAUGAUGUCCUUUGUAAUAGGAGAGAUUGCCAAUUGGCUUAUAAAUACAGUAAAACCUGUCUU